GGGCAGUGGUGCUGGGCCUCUGAGCUGUCUGUGUGCCAUGGAGCCUGAGCUAGGAUCUGAAGCUGCUGGCACGGCCCAGCUGCCGCUGUGCACAGCCCAGCUGCCAGCACUGCCGGCCCAGCGUCGCCGUCCUCCGCGCCCCUCAACCCUGCACAUGGUGAUGGAGGCGCUGCGAGCGCUGCAGGCCCAGGGCCAGAGGAAGGGUGUCUCCGUGGUCGCCAUCAAGCGCUUCAUCCUCUGCAAGUACCCUUCCGUGGACCCCAUCCGCCUCAAGUACCUGCUGAAGCAGGCCCUAAGCAAGGGCCUGAGCUGCGGGGACCUGGUGCGACCCCACAACUCCUCCGCCAUGGGGGCCACCGGAAGCUUCAGGUUAGCCUCCAAGAUGCCGCAGAAGAGGCAGGCACCAGGCCAGGCAGAUGCCAACAGAGGACAAGCCCCAGAACUGGGACGGAAAGGGACCACCAAGACCCUCCGGGCCCCCACGGCAGGUGAAACACAGCCAGGCACCAAGGAGAAGAAGCUGGCAGUGGCCAAGAAGCCGGCAGCAGCCAGGAAGCUGAAGGCAAAGCUUGUGGAUGCCAAGCCACCAGCAGCAGGGAAGACCAGGAGUGAUGGAGCAAAGCCCUCACAAGCUGCUGGCCACCUUCAGACCCAGGGCAAAAGCUGCUCCAGGCCCCGUGUGGCUGCAGCUGUAAAGGAUACAGGACGGGACCACAACACCAACUCCAUGGGUGCUAGGGCCAAAGAGCCCCACAGAGCCCUGGCAGGACAGAGCAAGGGGAGGGCACCAAAGACAGCACAGAAAGACCCCCCUGAGGCUAAGGGGGGCCCAGGCAAGGCAAGGAAGCCCCAGGUGACCCCAGGAGCUGGCAAGGGGGAGAAGGCAGCCCCUAAAGCCACAGCCAGGAAGGGUCCAUAGAGGGCCCCAGGCAAACCCAUGCCCCAGCCCCACAUCCAGCUGGUGCCCGCCAUUGGAUCUGGGCCAGUUGUAGUCUGUAGGACAGGUUUUAAUCAUGUUCACCUGCUAAUAAAGCUGCUGCACUCCCUCAUGA